AUGAAGCUGCCCAGCUUCACCAAGCGGCAGUGGCUCACGCUGGUGGUGUUCGGCGUGGCGGACUUCUGCAACGCCAUCUGCGUGUCGCUGCAGGCGCCCUUCUACCCGCACGAGGCGGAGAGCAAGGGCGCCAAGGCGACGGAGUACGGCCUGGUGUUCGGGGUGUUCGAGCUCGUGGUGUUCCUCGUCAGCCCGCUGUACGGCCAGCACCUGAACAGGCUCGGGCCGAAGUUCCUCUUCAACGCUGGGAUAUUCACAGUCGGGACUUGCGCCAUACUCUUUGGGUUGCUGGACAGGGUGAACGAGCACUACCCCUUCAUAGCGCUGUCCUUCCUCAUCAGGAUCGUAGAGGCCAUGGGCAACGCGGCCUUCCUCACCGCCAGCUUCGCCAUGAUAGCCAAGGAGUUCCCGGACAACGUGGCGACCACGUUCGCUUCUUUGGAGACGUUUUUCGGGCUUGGACUCAUAGUCGGUCCGACUGUAGGAGGAGCGCUGUAUGAGCUCGGCGGUUACACCACGCCGUUCGCCAUCAUGGGCUCGAUCCUGUUCCUGUCCGCGGUGAUGACGGCCUUCGUGCUGCCCUCGCACGACCAGGCGGACGAGAUCGCCCACCAAGGAACCUCCAGCCUUCUGCAGGUGCUGAGGAUCCCGGGAGUGCUGCUGGCCGCCGCCAGCAUCAUCGUCACGUCCACGAGCAUCGGCUUCCUGCAGGCCACCUUGGAGCCUCACCUCAGGAGGACGUUCAACCUGAGCCCGGUGGUGCUGGGAGUCAUGUUCGUCGUGAACGGCGGCACGUACGCGCUGACGGCGCCUUGCUUCGGCUGGCUGUGCGACUCCAAGGUGCGCCCCAAGCUGGUCACCAUCGCCGGCUGCGUGCUCAUCAUCCUGGGCUUCAGCCUGGUCGGUCCGGCGCCCUUCCUCGCCUUCGAACCAGAGCUGUCGGUGGUGAUCACGGGACUGGUGUGCCACGGCCUGGGCAUCGCGGCGCAGCUAGUGGCGUCCUUCACCGACGCCCUGAGGACGUCCAUAGACUACGGCUUCCCGAACAACCUGGAGACGUACGGGCUUAUCUCGGGCCUGUGGACGUCCACCUUCGCGCUGGGCGCCUUCAUCGGGCCGUCCAUGGCCGGCAUCCUCUUCGACACCGUGGGCUUCCGGCACGCCACCAUGUUCGUGGUUGCGCUGAACGCCUUGGUGAUGGCGCUGGUGCUGCUGUUCGUGCUGUUCGCGCGGCGACCGCGCUCCUUCAAGGAGGUCAGCGCCGACGAGUACCUGCUCGGGGUGUCGGGCUCCUCCGACCAGCCCGAGUUCCUCCAGGGGGUCCGCCCCAACGGGCGCGCCGCCGCCGCCGCCGCCCCCGUGCUCGUCGCCGCCGCCGAGCGACCCCCGGGCGCGAACGGCUACAUCGCCGCCUCCAGCUACAAAAACCGGCACGGCAUGUGGCGGCGGCGCGACAGCGGCACGGUGGUCAUCGGGCCGUACAGCGCGAGCUACGGCAGCCUGGAGUCGCGCGGGUUCCUGGAGACGGUGGCGUGAUGGCGGCUCCGUCAGUCGGGUCUUCCCCGGACCACCACCGACCUGCUAGCGCUGCUCGUAGCUCUUUUGGGCUCGCGGUCAACUUCAAGGAAAAAAAAAGACUGGAAUAAGGACUUUUUUUUGUGCAAAGUGUUACCGUGUCGAGCUGGAUUCAUGCUUGUUGCAAGCUCCGGUCAAGCCUGUCGCAUCUAGCAGCACGCGUGGAGACUACACAGAAAAAAAAAUAUUUUCUGUACGUUUCGGAGACAAUUUUCCAAGAAAUAGUUUUGUAAUACUUAGAGACCGGAAAAAUUCGCGGGUUCAAUGACCUCCAGGAUAGACUCAACUAUCCUCUACACACUCUGGCAAAUGCCAACUCUUCAUUGGCUGUUGACUUGUGAGUCGUCUCGACUUGGUAGCCUGUGAUUCAACACUUCCAUGAGUGAGAGUCUCUAAUUGGCCCUAUUUACUCCAGAUUAAUAGUGAACCAACGGCAGAAGCAGCACUAAGGUAUAAUUAUUUGAAUUGUAGCAUUUCACGAAAUGAAUCCGCGAAUUUUUCAGGUCUCUAGUAAUACUACAAGAGAUCUUGCAAAUUUGUACAACACAUGGCUAUGAUUAUUUCUGCAUAUAUGAAAUAGGUUUUUCGAGAUAUUACUGAGUAUUUCUUACGAAAAUUAGCGGAUAUUUUAUAUUGAUGUGUCAUUCAAGCAUAAUGUUUUUUUAAUUAUGGAAAAGAUAAUUGAAUACUCGAAAAUUUGAUCUUGUUUUGUUUUACUAUGCUUAUUAAUGUGUGCAAUUAAUACUGGGAAGCUAUUCAGGGAACGGUUUACAAAUAAGACAAGAAUCCAAACCCACCUGGCAAAGCACAGCACGCAAAGCAUCUCCGCUUGCAUCUGUGUCGAGAAUAUACUCUCAGUGUUGACGGGGGUAGGCAAGUAUGAAACUAGUGCACAGGGAUUACUUGAGUUCUUGCGAGGCAGUUUCAAAUGCUGAAGUCCAUAGAAAUUGUCUCUGGUCCUCGGUCAACUGAUGCAGUGGUUUUGUGACUGCUAAAAACUCAGGCAGAAACCACUUAUAUUAGGCACAGAGUCCCAAGAAUAUCCUUACAUCAAGCUUAUACUAAGGUUGAGGCCGUUCCUUAACAAACAGGAUCUUCUCAAGAUCUGUUUGCACUCCAUCCUGCGAUACAAUAUGUCCCAGGAAUGUUACCUCAUGCUGGAACAAGAAGUACUUCUUAGGUCUUAAAUUGUGUAUGGCAAAGUCUGUCUAACACAUAAUGGAGAUUUCGCAAAAGUUCCUUCACUUUAUGUUCCACCACAAUUAUGUCAUCCAGGUAUAUUAGGCAUGUUUUCCAAGUCAAGCCAUGCAGAAAAUGUUCCAUCAAUCUCUCAAACGUUGCAGGAGCAUUAAAUAACCCGAAUGAUAACACAGUGAACUAGAACAGCCCACGCCCUGUUGAGAAAGAAACCUUUCCAAUGUUUCGAGUGACCAGGUACUUAUUUAAUACUAAUGUCAUAUCUACCUUAAUCAGAUAGUUCAUUUUUACCCUAGGGUCUCCUCUUAUCCAAGCCGCUAUAAUAUUCUCAUGUUUUAUUGGAAUUGAAACAGGUUCGUUAACAACCACUUGUAUUACAGGAGCUUCCAAUUGGUCGGGGUUAAAAAAGGCCACCUCUUCAUCUUUAAUGUCCAGUACCUGUCCUUCCAUGUCCUUCCAUGUCAAUAACGAAACCGUAUAGAUUCAUGAUGUCCACUCCUAGGAUUACCUAGUCAGUGAUAUCAGCAACAAGAAAAGCCUAUGCUAAUGUCCAAUGCCGAUUCUUACCUCCAAAUCUAGCUGUCCAUGCACAGGUGAAGUGUCUCCAGUUGCUGUUUUGAGUCUGUUUUUGAUGGGUGUUCUCCUGAGCUGCGGCCCAAUCAUGAAUACUGUGUAAGAGUAUGCAGGUUUGCAUUCUUACUUGCGACGAAGUUAAUCCGCAAAAUUAUUGUACCUUUAGUUAUCAUUCCAAUAAGUAAAAUAAAAUUAAGUAAAAUAACUUUCCACGCGUGUUUAUCUUGCCGUAAUAUUUCCACAUCCCCAUGAAACUUGAACAUUCUACAAAACUAAUUUUUGAAUUGUUUCACAUUUAUACAUUACUGAAAUAAUUAAUUCUAUAUGCUAAGAAAUAUAUAUUUUUUAAUUCUCUCUCUUAUUUUCGCCACGCAACAUAACAAAAUCCUACAAUCAACACAUUCUAGAACAAUUUAGUUGGUGUCAUAAUUUCAACCAUUCGUAUGUAGUCACUAUCCAAAAAAAUUAUUUAUUUUUUUCCUGGAUUUAAAAUGAAUAUGCCUAAACAUCUACGCCUAAUUUUCACACAAAUAUUUUCAAAUGGUCAACUAAGUAUUCUAUCUAGACUACAUCUUAAACAAUAAUUUGACUGUCCUGGCCUUAACUUUGUUACAUGUUUCAACGUGGCGGUGAAGUAAUAACAUUGCGUAAAUACUUCAUUGCAUCGCAAUGGACUCUCCGUACUGAUUUACAUUCCCACAGAGGGAAGACUAUAGCAGUCAUCAUUAUAUGGUGCCUUUUAACCUCUCAAGAAACAAGUAAAAUCUGUUACAAUGUUUUUCAAUGUGUGCAAAAGUGAGCUACAAAUGUUGUGCUGUUGCUUAAGAACCUCUUCUGAUGAUGCACAACAAGUCAGUUAUUUUUAAAACUACAUCUGCCUCAAUAUAAAAAUGGGUGUGUUUGGAGCCCACGCGUGAAAGAAGUGAAACUUCUUGCAUAUUAGUUAUGAAUAAAGAAAAAUUAUUUUCAUUUUCAACCAUACUAUUCACUUAAAAGUGAAUGAUACUUAUAAAGCCAAUUGUACAAAACAGUAACUAUUUUCCUGACGAAUAAAUAAAAUUUAGAUACUUUAAAUUAAAUAAAAGAAAUAUGGUAGUGUCAAUCUUUAGCCGUUACAUAAACUAAGGAGUAGACAAACACAAGCAGCGUUACGAGAAUUCCGUAGCAUCACUGCUGCGUCAUUUCUACAUCUCCCCUGCCGUCUCCCGUUCUAUGCCACUGGCAUACAGCAUGCUACGCUACGUACCCAACUCCCCUCCCCUUGACGUAUUCCCAUUCGACUGCUAAUGCGUGCGUUGGAGUGGCGUCGUCGCUGACGCAUUAACCUCCUCUACCAAUUUCCCCACCACGUAUCUAACUAUUCCCCUCGCGCGAUAGGAAUAUUCGUAACGCUCGAAAAUUGUAGCCCCAUCAGCAAAAUAGUUUCACUUAAAAAAAUCACAGCUCAGCCUGGCAUUGAAAAUGCAACUUAUAUAUAUUCAAUAAUAACAUUCCAUCAACAUGACAUUAACUCCCUUGUUUUUAGAAAUUAACAUUUAUUGUCCGUGAAUUUGUUCACUCUUAGUAAAAUUUGAAUAUUUGCAAAAAUAAAUUUAAAAGGUGCAUAGGUGCAAAUUUACGAAACCAAGGUAACAGAGUUUACAAAGUUUUAAAGUUUACAAACUUUUAAGUUUUUAUUUUUGUUUAUUAUAAUUGUAUUCCAUAACUUAUAUUAUAAUUUUAAAACGGACAUACCAAUGUUCAUAUAAUGAACUAUAGAACACAUUUCAAAGUGAAAAAAAUGUGAAAUUGAAAUAUCACGAAUUAAAAUGGUACAAUUACAGUAAAUGUUAUUACAGGGAAAUAUGUUUGUCCCGUCAAUAAUUGUUUUACUAAAAAUUAUUGAAACACCAAUUAAAUAAAACGUUGAAAAUAUAUUACAGACUGGCUAAGUAAAUACACAAUGGAAACAAUUUGUUGGAACUAAGCCACGAUUCCUACUGAAUUCAUACAAACACUGGCUUCUUAAUAACACAAAAAUAUAGUGCUAGUUCUCUUUCGAUAUUAAUAUGAGUGGGUAUUCUAGUUUGGAUUCCUUGCAGGUUUGUUAAGACACGUAGGUUUUUUAUUCAAUGCCAGAUUCAUUGUAAAUGAUUGUUUUUAAUUAUGAAUAAUGUUGUAAAAUCCUUUGUAAAUAUUUUCAAUUAUAAUGUUUAUUUUUUA